UUCCUCGAAUCGAGAGCGAAAAUUCAAACCGAUCUUAAACCGAAUGUAGCCUUUAAUUCUUCACGUAUUUCUGAGACUCAACCGGUCGCAAAAAAAGGGAAGAAAAAGAGAAAAAGGCAAGCCUUUACUUGAGCAAGUUGAACAUGCUAUGCGAAACUACCUUCGCCUGGAUGAAAUUCGUUUUGCUUUUGAAGCUAGUAUUGGCAUUAUCUCUGAGCACAGAAGCGGAAAAUUACAAGCAAACACUAACAAGCACAUGUGUAAAGGAGGGUAUCAAACUAUCCGAUGCAAAAGGAAACUUCACAAACCCCGGAGGAUAUCAAGGGUAUCCGAACGACACAAAAUGCAUUUGGAUCAUAGAACCAGGUUAUAUCUCGAAAAUUACAGUCACAUUCCAUGACUUUGACUUGGAGUUUAGUAAGACAUGUAAACCCUAUGAUUCCGUCAGAGUAUUAGACAAAUGCAAUAAAUCAAAAACUUGGGAAAUGAUCGAAGAAAACGUAGAAGGAUACUGUGGAAACGGGACGUUUGGCAUCACAUCUCGAUGCGAAAGAAUGAAAAUAGAGUUCAAGUCUGAUGAUUCAGUAACAAGGAGGGGAUUCAACGCUACCUAUGUGGUUCAACGACAGCCUCAGGCACCGGAAAUAACAUCGUUCUGUAUUGAGGGAAAGAAAAACUGCUCAACAAAGAUGGAGGCUGAAGAGUUUAGUACCCUGUUAUUAACUUGUAAAGCUUCUGCAUCUCCUCAGCCAGUAUUCAAUUGGACGUACCUUGGUACAAACGAAUCGAAUCCCGAAGGAUUUCUAAAUAGAACCGAGAACCGCAUCAUAGAUUUUCGUAACGGAACUCUUAAGAUCAAAGAUUUGAAUAGAGGUGACACUGGCUUCUAUGAAUGCCACGCCGAUAACAAUGUCGGUCAACCUGACAGUGCAGUAAUGUAUCUUCGCGUAAAAGAGAAAUGCAAAUGCCCCAAGCGUAUCAUCGCUAAUUGGUACGACAUCCCACCCUACAUACAAGACAAUGGACCUGGUCGAGAACCUUCCGGACUAUUUCCGCUUCUUCUUAAAGAAAUUGUACCGCUUUGCUGUGGGAACUGUUCCGAGGGUGAUGGACCAUCGGAGAUCAUUUACCACGAAAAACGUCAACCAAACCUCGUGCGAAUAAAAUCACUCGAUAACCUUGACAAGGAAGACACAAUAACGUUUCCUAUCAGCGGGAAGAAGAAUGAAAGAAAUUAUCAGAAUGAUUUUAGGUUCAUGCCAUUGAUUAGUUCACCUGGAGUGGCUUUCAUUGUUGUUGGUGAACCGCCUGGUUCUUCUGCUAACGCCGUAUUCAACUCUGUACUGUCUGGGUGGCCUGUGCUCCUUCUCACUAUGUUAAUGGCCUUACUGUCUGGCAUAAUCAUGUGGGGACUGGACACAUGGUAUAAUCCCGAUGAAUUUCCGAGGUCAUUUAUCAAAGGAAGUGGAGAAGGCUUUUGGUGGGCUUUUGUGACCAUGACAACCGUAGGUUAUGGUGAUCGAUCCCCUCGGGGUUUUGCGGCUCGCAUCUUCGCAAUAAUCUGGGUUUUAGUUGGCCUCGUUAUCACGUCCAUUUUCACUGGUGUUGUGACUACCUCUCUGACAGCCAUCACACUGAGUACUGACGUCAAACUCUAUGGAACUAAGAUCGCAGCAGUGGUUAAUUCAACCGAGUACCGGCUUGGACUGAACAAAAAUGCUAGAAUGCAAAGUUUCGAUACAUUGCAGUCAAUUGUGGAACCUCUGAAGAAUCGAAAGGAUGACUUAAAGGGCGUGUUAGUUGAUACGUACGUCGCUGGAGAAAUGAAGGAAUUUUCCAGUGAAGAGCUCCGGGUGAAUAAGAUUAUUGACCACAACUCAUACUAUGGUGUGGUAUUUGGAGAGGGACUGCUAUCUGCAAAGAAUUUCCAAGUCUGCAUCGAGGAUUAUUUUCUUUCCAGACAAGCUGAUAUCUUUCAGAUAGUGAAGGACAAUACGAACCCUAUGAAGGAACCAAAAGAAAGCGCGGCAGUGGAGCGCUCGUCUGGUUUGUUUGAUGCCGAGUCUCCCCUAUUUCGAAACGCCAUCUACUCGUGCAUUGGUUUGCUGCUGUUUUUCACGUCUUGUGGCAUUAUUUGGGAUUACGGUUACAUGAGACAUUGGAAGAAAAAGGCUGAGAUGGAUGAACUUGAGCUUCUUGGAGGACCUGGGUACGAAAUGGCCAAGAGGAACCUAGACAUGAUGGAUUCACUGAUGCAGGAAGUUCAAGAAUUUUAUGACAACUGGACGAAGAGACUAGACGAAAUCACAGAGAAACACGACGAGGAGCAGAGGUUACAGAGUAAACUGAAGAAAUGAAAAUAAAUUGCACUUUCGAGAAGUUGAUAAAAUCUUUAGCACAAAUGGUUAGUAAGUGAAGUCCUAGUAAGAGAAUACAUGUAGCAUACCAUUAACUAGUCCUAGUAUGUCAUUUCAUCGAUGGAUAUAUCGCAUGUGGCACAGUAUGUGAGUGUGUUUAGUCUAACCUGCAUUCAAUGACUGCCUUCACGUCUCUACAACGAAAAUUUAAUUUUGCACCAUUGUUGUUCUUGAAAGACGUGAUAGUUGUAAACCUGUUUCAUUAAGCGUGAAAGCUUGCUAGUGAGCAGGGACGAGUCCACUUAGGCGCCCUAAGGGAGGUUGCAAUUAAAGAGAGGUGGCUUUAGGUAAA